GAAGUCCCAGGUAGAGUAUAAACUUUACAUAAGGCUCAUCAACACACCACUGACCAGCCGUAUCACCUCUUACUGUACUACAAACAGCCUUCUCUCCUCUGUGAAAGAUGUCCAGCUCUGUAACAACCACCACUAACGGGGUGGUGGUCAUCACCCAUGUACACCCCACUGGCAACGGGAUGGGGGUCGCUUCUGCCCCUCACUGUUUGGGACAGACGGUUUCCUCAGUGCUGGGAAGUUUCCGGGCAGGGCAACCAAAAGCGCUGGGGACCAUACAGAUCAUGGUUGGUUUGAUGAUGCUGUUGACAGGAAUCGUGAUGGCUACAGGACCACAAGUAGACAAUAUUGGAGUAAUCAGCGGAAUAUUUGUCUGGGGAUCUAUCAUUUAUGUCAUUGCAGGCUCUCUAACUGUUGCUGCUGACAACAAUUUGAACACAUGUCUGGUAAAAGGCUCCCUUGGAAUGAAUGUUGUCGCCACGGUUAUUGCUCUUACUGGCACCAUUCUGCAUUCUUUGGACAGUGCUGGGAUCUUCUUUUACAACUACUACUGUGACUAUCCAGACUAUCCUUCAUACUACCCUCCAUCCUUUGUCUGCCAACAAUAUUGGAUCAGGUCACAGGGAAUUUCAGGUGUUUUGCUUGUUUUCUCCAUGCUGGAGUUCAUAGUGUCCAUCUGUGUCUCGUCAUUCGCCUGCAGAGCUGUCUGCCAGUGCUGCCGUUCCAACCCUGAGCAAGUGUUCGUCAUUGGGAAUCAAAUACCGGUACCUCAUGGCUGCAUGACUCCAAGCAACGCACCUUUCCCUCCUCAGAACAACUACGAGACUGUGAUCUACCCAAAGGGUCCCGAGGGAGACGAUAUGGGAACAGGGUUUCAACAGAAACCCCUGCCUCCACAAAACACUGCUUUCAUCCCUUGAGAAUUGGGCUUCUGUGAAUACAUUCCUCUUUUUCUUGUUAAAAUUGUGUUUUCUAGGGCUAUUUUUCUGAUCCAAGCCAGGCAAUGGUUGGCACCACAUCACUGAUCUGAAUCAUUUGACAGUUCAAUAUUGAUAUUGAAGUAUAAUGUUUAGGUUACUAUAUAUAUGGUUUAUUUUUUUUAUUUUUUUUUUACUUCUUGUUUUUGUAAUUUAUCUUUUUAUUGAUAUAAGUUAAUUAGAAUGUAUUAUAUAAAAGUAUAGUACAUUUAUCAACUAACAUCAGCCACUGCUACAUUACAUUAUAUGAUAUUGAGGCAUCACUUUCUUUUAAUAACAUGCAAAUACAUAUUUAACUUAAUGUCUUCAAACAAGUCUUGACUUAAACAUUAAAAAACUGACAGAAGAAAAUGUGAGUUGGGAGUCACUUUUAUCUUUCAUACUACGUAAUUAAUGACAUUCAUAUUUUGGGUCUGAAAACAUCCUGAUAAGGAGGGAGUGGUGCUUGGGUGUUUACAUUGGGCAUUGGCCUAUAUCCUUUCUAUCUUGAGUAUGUGCAACAUUAAACAUCAUGAACAGUCAAAAUCAUGUGUUUUGUUAAAUUUGAUGAUUUUUUUUAGAAAGAAACCCUAUCAAAGUAUGAUGACCAAAUGAUUGUUGCUUCUACAGUGCCACAUUUGUGGGUUUUAAAGCAUGAACUGUUUGUUUCAAAUCCUGCCACAACAUCUCAAUUGGGAUUAGGUCUGGAUUUUGACUAGGCCAUUCCAAAACUUAAAAU